AUGUUCAACGAUUACUACUCCGUCUCGCAAUUCCUCGCGGAAUCUGAACCGGUGCAAUUCGAAACAAGCAAACCGUUUUGCAAUUUAGGUCAAGAGUUUGACCCGUCGUGCCCGUUCGACGAUUUGCCCGAGGACAAGAAAAUAACGAUACCAUUUUGGAUGUGCAAAGAGUUUACAAUGAAAUGUUUCGGGAUACCGUUGAAGACGGUGGCGAGGACAUUCCCGGAAAACACGCACGUCUGGUCGAGAAUUAACGCGGAGCCGAAGAUUGUGAACUUAUCGGAGGAAUAUUCGGAUAUGUUCUUCGAGUUGGCGUCGAUGUAUGGGAAGUUGUUGAUGGAAACGUUCGACCCCGAUUUUAAGGAGGACGACGACGAGGAGGACAGCGAUAGUGAAGAUGACCACGAAGAUUACGAAGCGGGGAAGGCGUUGGUGCAGAAAGCGAAAGAGGCGUUUAAGAGCAGAUUUAGUAAGAUGAUCAUAGAAAGUCACACGGUUGGAUCGAAAGAGCCGAGCUUCAAGGAGGAAUAUUUGACGAGGAUGGAACGAGAGUUGUUUCGCAUCGGCAGAGAGAGCUGCGAGGAGUUCACGAGAUGGAAGUACCAAACGAGCGAACGCAUGGAGGCGUGUACUGUGGUGCUGCAAGCGAGGAAAAGGAGUCAAAUGAAGAGGAAAGUAGAGAUGGGGGGAGGAAGAAACGGUUCCAACGGAGGCGUGUUGAGACCAAGGAACUUUUAA